AUGGACAGGAAUAUCCCGGACCGUGGGUCUGCUGUUUUCGCCGUCACCACUGGAACGUUUGCGCUGACACCCUGCUUUGUCGUGGCCCGCAUCAUUUGCCGGUAUGGAAUCGUUCGUAAAAUCGGCUGGGACGACAAGGUCAUGAUAGUGGCUUGGCUCAUCGCCUUCUUCCUUUCAUUCACAGUCGACCUUGGCGUCGCUAACGGCCUCGGGAAGCACGACAAUGAUAUUUCAGACGAUGACAGGGCCACUCUUCGUCGUUGUGAAUACGCUUUCUCUGUUUUAUAUAACCCUGCUCUAAUGGCGACCAAGACCAGUGUCUUGAUCUUCUAUCUACGACUAGCCAAAGGCACGCAGAUAUUUCUCCGCCAUGUCUCAUGGGCGACACUUCUUGUCGUUAAUCUUACCGGCAUCGUCCUCACAGUCAUGAACAUUUUUCUUUGCAGCCCAAUCAGAGCUGCCUGGACAGUGGGCGUCGACGAGAGUGCUACUUGUAUACCGCUCUUGACCGAGCUCAUUUGCGCCGCGCCAGUCAACAUCAUCACUGACCUAGCAAUUCUUACUGUACCAAUCCCCAUUCUCACCCGCCUGCGCCUACCAUCGCGGCAGAAGAUGAUCCUCGUCGUUACCUUUGCCCUUGGCAUAUUCAUCACAGUCGUCAAUGUCAUUCGUAUCUACUACUUGCAGAAGGCUAUAAUCGAAGUCCCGACAUCUGACUCGUCGACUGGACCCAACAUGAAGUUCGGUGACCAGGCCGACUUCGGCUGCCUCUGGUCCUCCAAGCUUCUCCCCAAUGUGUUGUACGAUUCGGCAAGCAACCAAACCUACAGCAAUUCUCAAGGGUCGGGUGAUCUCUCGAUGCCACCAUUUCGAGACCAAACGUCGGCCACUUUACCUGCAAUUAAAAACAGGGUAUCCUGUGACUUUGCCGACGCGAGGGAGCCGAAGCGCAUGCUCAGCGUCAAUAGCAUAGAUUCCUUCAAAUUCUGCGCCCUUGUUUCCAUCCUCUUCUUCCUUUGGGGAGUCUCAUACGGCCUUCUUGACACGCUGAAUAGCGGCGUUGCGUCCAUAAACCACAUGACUACCGCCCAGUCCCUUGGUUUAACGACCGCAUACCUAGGAGAUCACCACAACGGACACUUUUGUUGUCCUGUAGCCAAGACUGCCGCAUAUGUCGACCAAAACUUGAAGGGGCCAGCCGAAUCCAUGGAAUCUAGGAUUCAAGAAGCUCUUCAGUAUCUUGAGCAGUUUCCUGCUGCAAAAAUUGCCGCCGUGGCUCGGGAAUUCGGCGUGCCACGUGACCGACUGCUCAGACGGCUUGACGGCAAACCACCUAAGAAGGGCCGCCCUGCGGCCAACACGAAAUUAUCGAUCGCUGAAGGGAGGGCUCUGUGUCGUUACAUCGAUCGACUCGACCAAAUCAACCUCGCUGUGCGACCAGAAUUCGUUACAGAUGCGGCCAACCAUAUUCUGAGAGAGCGAGCCCCGCAAGCCAACCGUGGUAAUCCGCCUGUCGUUGGCCCCAGUUGGACUACCCGCUUUCUGCGGCGCCAUAAGUAUGGCAAAAGGCUACAGAGGAAGCUACACGCUGACCGCCAGGCGUCAGAAGAUCUGAGCCGAGUUAAGGAGUAUUUCCAGAGGCUGUCUGACGUCUAUCAGACAGAAGGGAUAUUGCCAGAAGAUAUAUGGAAUAUGGACGAGACUGGAUUUCGCAUUGGCAUUGGGAAGAAUGAAAUGAUCGUCACAAAGCGCAAGAGAGCUCAUUAUUUUGGUAUUCCCGAAAACAGGGAGUCUGCGACUGCGAUCGAGGCUAUAUCUGCUGGCGGGGAAUACAUACCCGCCUUCUUGAUCGUGGCUGGGCAAGUCCAUAUGGCUCAAUGGUAUGCACAGCCUGAAUUAAACCCAGAUACAGCCAUCAGACCGACCCCGAGUGGCUACACGAAUGAUCAAGUAGGCUUAGAAUGGCUUGAACACUUUGACAAGCACACAAGGAAGAAAACAGUGGGAAGAAAGCGACUUCUCAUCCCUGACGGGCAUGGUUCACAUCAUACCAGGGAGUUUAUUACCUACUGUGACGCCCAUAAUAUCGUGCCCUUCGGUUUGCCUCCAAAUCUGACGCACCUCCUGCAGCCAGUGGAUGUGGUGGUCUUCCAGCCAUUGAAACACUACCACGCGAAGGCACUCGAUCUGCUGGUUCGAGACGGCCUCGUCAACAUCACCAAGGUUGAGUUUCUGAGCAGUAUUGAAGAGGUUCGCGUGCGGGCAUUCAAGAAGAGCACCAUCCUCUCUUCAUUCAGAAGACCGGGAUCUGGCCAUUCAACCCACAGCCAGUUCUUCAGAUUCUUGAAGAGCGCCAGGCAAAGAAGACACCCUCGCCACCUUCAAGCUCAGGAGCAUGCGUUCAUCACCAUUUUCAACGCCGUUGACGCUCAGGCAGAUGAACAAGGUGGCUGA